GUGGCACCCUGGCCGAGUUCAUCCGCAAGCGGGGCAACUCCCUCCUGGACGAAGAGACCAUCCUGCACUUCUUCGUGCAGAUCCUACUGGCCCUGCACCACGUCCACGCCAAGCAGAUCCUGCACCGGGACCUCAAGACCCAGAACAUCCUGCUGGACAAGCACCACACCACCCUCAAGAUCGGGGACUUCGGCAUCUCCAAGAUCCUCAGCAGCAAGAGCAAGGCCUACACCGUGGUGGGUACCCCUUGUUACAUCUCCCCGGAGCUGUGUGAAGGGAAGCCCUACAACCAGAAGAGCGACAUCUGGGCCCUGGGCUGCGUCCUCUACGAACUGGCCAGCCUGAAGAGGGCCUUCGAGGCAGCCAACCUGCCCGCUUUGGUGUUGAAGAUUAUGAGCGGCACCUUUGCGCCCAUCUCCGACCGCUACAGCCCGGAACUUCGCCAGUUGAUCCUCAGCCUGCUCAACCUGGAGCCCUGCAAGCGGCCACAGCUGGACGAGAUCAUGGCGGAGGCCCUGUGUGUCCGGCCGCUGCUCAACCUCUACACCGAUGUGGGCAGCGUCCGGAUGAGGAGACCGGAGAAGUCGUGGACGGCGGUGCCCUCCGUGGCCCAGAGCAGAGCUGGGGGUGUGACUGUGGCGGCCAGAGUGAGGGGUUGCCACACCGGACCCCCCAGGCCCAGCCUCCCCCCGGCCUUGUCCUCCACCUAUACCUGGGGCUCUGGCAUCCCCAGGCCCCUCCGCCUGCCUGUGCUGAACACGGAGGUGGUGCAGGUGUCCACGGGCCGCACACAGAAGGCUGGUGUGACCAAAUCCGGGCGGCUGGUCAUGUGGGAGCCGCCUCCCUUCGGCACGGCCGGCGGGCCCUCGCUCCCAGGGGCCACGGAGCAGCUGCAGCCCCAGUUUGUGUGCCGCUUCCUGGAGGGCCAGUCCGGCGUGACCAUCAAGCACGUGGCCUGCGGGGAUCUCUUCACCGCCUGCCUGACAG